UUCUUCUAGAUGUAGAGGUAUCUCUUGUAGACUAUAUGGAUGUUUCAGAAUGUUCCGCCCCUUGGUAUGUGUACCCCUGAGCAAUCGAUGUGGCAUGACGAUCUACGAUCCACACACCCCUUACUGCGGGGGUUCGAACUGGGUAUAGUUACUCAGGUCAUAUAUAUGCACUAUGCACUCUCGUAUCUUGGUAUUAUUUCUUGGAUGUUUGGCCACCUGAUCUAAGAACCCUUACCAUGUAUGUAGUAUUUGGAUAAAGU